GCACAUUGAUCAACCAAAUACGGUAUAUACACGUGAACAAACCGUGUAGAACAAUGAGUGGACAGUUGUUUUUGAUGGAAUUCCUGGUUGACAAUGUCAACGUCCCCGCUAUACGGGCGAUCCACGAGGAAGUAUUGCCCGCCACGACAUGCGUCUCGUUUCAAAUACUGGAUCUGCCGCCGUUGAAUAUCUAUCAAGAAUCACCGGCGGAAAAGUGCGCCUGCAGCGACAGCGGGCAACAGGUCUUCAAAAAGGGAAAAUCUUGCCUGUUCGCGUUACCAAAAUUUAUCACUGAAAAGCCGCUGUGUAGUUUUCCCGUGAGAAUAAGUGUCUACAAGGAAUUCCCGCCUGGAGUUUUGCCAGACGUCAUGCUAAUCGGCAGCCAUCAGCUGCAAGCUUGCAGCCUGAUGAACUCGCUGCUGAGCAGGCGGGAUCAAAAGACCGGCGACGACAGUGAGACGAUGAAGAACACCUUCAAGAUCGCCACGACGACGGGGCAAUGCGUGGGCGAGGUCACGGUCUUCAUCCGCGCCUCGUAUUUCGGCGAGAAGAUCGUCACGCAGUUUCAAUCGCCCGACGAUGACAAGCCGUACCUCUUCAAAGGCGUCGACGACGGCCCCGUGUUCCAAUGCAAGAGGAUCACCUCCGCCUCGGACAGGCGGCGCGUUGAGUGCGUGUGCACCACGAAGAAGACCAGUGACGGCAGCGGGGAAGCGGCCAGGGUGUGUUGUUCCCUUGCGACGGAUGAACGCCGGCGGAGAGAAGACUCCAAGGCCAAGUGUCCGCCGUGUUGUAUCGUAAGACAGGACGAGAAGAAGCAGGUGCCGAAGAAGUGCGGCUGCGUCGCCAAGGAAGAUCGGACGUGCACUUGCGUCAAACGUUCAUAAUCCAGUGAACAAGCUGC